CGACCUGUUUCCUGUCGGCCAUCAUGGUCGUCACGUGACACGGUGUGUGCUGACUGGCCAGGUACACGCCAACAUGGCGGCCAACCGGGGUGACGACGGUACAGUUGGGAUUUGUUCUGACCGAGGUAACUGUGACGUCAUUCUCUAGACCAAACGACAAAAUCUCGGAUGUGACAAUGAAGAGGAGAAACACGGUUGGGAUAAUUGUGAUAUUUUUUCUCACAGCUCUCAAUGUCUGGAUGGCCAGGUACGUGGCCAAGCCGAUCAACGAGCGGAAGUUGUUGGACACAAGGUCAAGGUCAAGGUCCAAGCUGAUGGAUAUUUUAGUGGUGGCAGUGGAUGAUAUCCACCCAAUCCAACAUUUAGAGGAGGCGAAAAAGAUGGAAGAUGGCAUGAAAGAGACACAGGGACCUAACCCUAACCCACGGGCAAGACAAGCUGAGGGUUCUGAUGUCAUCAACUCGAAACUCAGCACAGGGGGGACAACUCUAGACGAACUUCCGGUUGAUGAGCUAGAGCAGAUUAAACAACGAUUGCAAGUUCUUAAACAAACACUACAUGAGAACUUGUCUCAAAAACAACACACUAUGGGUUCGAACCCUAACCUACAGAAUAGUAACCCAGCGUCUAACUUUGACCACCACCUUGAUAACAUCGGUACAAACCGUGUCAUUAAUAACGUACCUAGUGACGUGUUACAUAAACUUUACAAAACUGAUCACCGCCAGUUAAAUCCGAAUCCUAAUGUUGCCAGGUUUAACAAUGACGUACACGUUCCUUCAGGUAAUCUACAAAUCCCUGACCCAAACCAUAAUCAAUACGAGCCUCGUUUUGGGCUAAUCUUGUCUGACAACCUGCCAGCCAAGCCGGCAACAACCCGACAACCCCUGAUCCCCAGGUUCAGAUAUCUAGGCCAACCAGCAGACGCCAACAGUUUUGUAGCCCCAGGCUACCAGAAAGAGAGAUCAGGUUUGAGCAGAUCGAAGCUGCCUUCAUCCCACACUGGGCAGGUCGAGAACCAGAUGAUCGAAAACGUCGCCAAAGAAAACCUCGCCCACGGCAGAACAGACGAGGUCAAGCUCUUUGACCGGCUACUCAAGCACGUCAACUCUGGUCAAUAUUCGGGAUUAAGUAUUCAGUGACGUCACUUGUUUCAUGACCAAAUAUAUCCCUUCUGUUGAAACAGCUGAGAGAGUUCAGUGAUAUACAUGUAUAAAUAUGUCCCUAACCUGAUGUGAAAUAUAUAUGUACAUAUGGUUUAACUUGAUUAUCACGUGACGUUAUUAGCCAGUCAAGAUCGCGUGACUAAAUGUUUACUAUGUAAGAUUUCAGUGUUGACAUGUGACAUAUACAUGACAAUAAAUAAUGACAUUUGACAUAUGCAUGACAUAAGUGUUGACAUUUGAUAUAUGCAUGACAUAAGUGUUGACAUUUGAUAUAUGCAUGACAUAAGUUGUGACAUUUGACAUAUGCAUACAUAAGUGUUGAUAUUUGAUAUAUACAUUAUAGAAUUGUUGGCAUUUAACAAAUAUAUGGCAUGAUUGUUGACAUUUGACAAAUGCAUGAGAUACGUGUUGGCAUCUGACAUCUACAUGAUAUAAGUGUUGGCAUUUGACAUCAUAUGAGUGCUGACGUUAAACAUCUACAUGGCAUACGUUUUGACAAGUGACAUUCCAUGACUUUGGUGUAACCACUGUACAUCUAAUGAUAUUAGUGUUGACAAUAAAAUCAUCUAAACAUAAAGUUAACACUACUGCUGUUAGUGUAUUCACUGUGUUGAUGAUUUAUUCAGAUAAGGCUAUUGUAUGCACAAUAUAAUGCUAGGUAAUGAUGGUAAUAAGCCAAUACGUCAAGUGAAAAAUCUAAGAGAUAAAUAUCUAAAUCUAUCAACGAUUGUAAAUUAAUUAUUUGAAGAAUUUUUCUCCAAGUUUAAAUGUUGUACAAAGAUUUUACAACAAAAUAGUUCUAAGAGAUCUACCCUAAUAAAAUGAUGAAUUUAGUUAGAAGGUUGAUAAUGAUGGGUUAAGUUUAAAAUGGUAAAGUCAAAAAUUGACUGAAGAGUCACAGAAUGAUGACAGUGAAGUAAGUUUAACUGAUGCCUAGAGUGCCAGAUUUUUCUAGCAUUAAAACAUCCAGCAAAGGGUGACAUAAAAUUUAGUUUUUGAGUUUGGUAGUGAAAUGUAUGGAGACUCGGCAAUAAAAUUUUUGUAAAAAGCGAAUGUUUAAAUUUAUUUUGCUUGUUGCUUUAUUAAAUUUGUUUUACUACCUAAUUUUUUUUUAUUCUUGAAAAAAUAGUUAUGAGUCGUGUUUAUUAUACGUCUUGUCAAGUUAUCACGUCGAUUGUACAUUGUCCUAUUGCUGACUCAGCGUCAACUUGACAAGUGUUUACAGAAGACAUUUGUAAUUACAAAACCCUGUGUUAA